AUGUCGCCGCAUCACGAGCGCUUAAGACGCUUUUAUCACAAGUACAAUGCUGAAAAAUUGCACGAAAUUGACAGUGUAUUGGAGCGCUUCAAAGGUCGUGAGACGCAGCUGUUUUCGACGCUUGUAAAGAAGUAUGGCCCCGAGCCCACUGCAGAUGAAAGUUUCGAUGUCGCUGUGACGUUAAAAGAGAUCGAAACGGACGCUGAGGACGUAUUGGAGUCAAAGGAAGUACAGUGCUUUUAUCACCAGCGAUUGCUGGCUUUUUACCACAAGUACAACCCUGAAAAGGUUGAUGAUGUGGCUCAAGUACUGGUCAAGUACAAGGGUAAAGAGUCGAAGCUUUUUGAUGCACUGACCAAGAAAUACGGCCCAGAACCUGGCGACUCGGACGAUGAGGAAGAGGUGCAUCAAGAGGAGGGAAAAGAGGAGAAAGAGAGUGACAAUGGUGAUCAGGCCAAGCUACGGAACGUGGUCUACUGUCCCAUUGACACGUUCCCGCCAGAGUAUUGUGAGUACGGCCCUAUGUUUAACGAGUGUAAACCCUGGCUAGCUGAGCAUUGUCCGGAUCUGAUACUAACCAAGUACAAUCGUACGGUAACGGAACUGUUGGAAGUGGAGCAGCAGAUUGCUGCUGGUGUCGAAGGUAUCACACUUGAAGUGACAGGCAAGACUGUCAAGAAGAAAAAGAAGAACAAGAUUGAAGAAGCGGCCAAGCGGAAAGAGAAUUGUAUGGUGACUAUAUCCAAGAGCUCACGCAAAGGACGCAAACGUCUUACUUUUGUCACGGGUCUUGAGGACUUUGAAGAUGUUAACAUAAAGGAUGCUUGCAAGAGUAUGGGCAAGAAGUUUGCGUGCAGCUCGUCGUUGUCAAAGACGGACCAGGGCCAGCAACAGAUUCAGCUGCAAGGCGAUUGCGUCACUGAGCUAUUGGAAGUGCUACCAGAGAUGUUUGGUGUUCAUGAAGACCAGAUCAUCGUCGUUGAUGAACCUAUUAAGGCUGCUAAGAAAAGCAAGAAGUAG